CCAGGGAGAACAGUCACACGAAAAUGGUAAAAAGUUAAAAUAGUUGCAGUAAGUCACAUGUAUGGUUACUUGCGUUGGGGCAGUACUCUUUCCCAGCGGCUGUUCAUCUUCAUUGUAGCUCUCUUUAUUCUCCGGUUCUCCCUACUCUUCUCUCCCAACAGACGUUCAUCUUCAUUGUAGCUCAACGCACCUUCUCUCUCCUCUUCCUCUUCGAACGAUCAUGAGUGGCCAGGCUGGUGAUGAGCUGCACGGCGCACAGGAGGGUGAGGAGAGCCAUGCCCCAGUCCCAGAUCAGGUGCGAGUGGCAUCGGAAACACAACUAGUUCAGCGAACGUUCGAAAACCACCACCGUUCGGUAGUUCGGAUAUUCGUCAAAGGUGGAAAAAGGAACACACUGGGCACUGGCUUUGUUGUUCACCACGAUGGAGCAACAUGUUUAGUGUUGACCUGCUACCACACUUUUCAAGGAUUUGAUCAAGGGCACGGCGAUCUUCAGAUUUCGGUUAACUUCAGUGGUAUGGCUGAUGAUGUUCCUGCUCAAGUGUUUCGUAGCACAGCGAAUCGAGAUCUAGUUCUGCUUCGGGUCCUUGGAGAUCUGCCGAGCUGCUAUCCCCCUGUGGUGUUCUCCGAUGAGAUGAAUGUAUCUGGGAGAGAUGUUGUUAUGAUUGGAUUCUUUGGCGUUGACAGUGCAUCCAUGCUCGUUGAGCCGGGCGCAUCACGUGGCCGUAUAAUGGGUGAACCUGUUGUCAAGCAAGCUGAACCCAUCUGCGAACACAUCAUCUCCAAUUACACGAUAGAGUCUGGAACAUCAGGAGGACCGAUCUUCAUGGAAGACGAGGUAGUUGGGGUCAAUGCUGUAGUUGAUAUUGGGAAGGUCGCAGCUAUCUCUGUGAGAACAGUAAAAUCAGUGCUGAUGAGCUGGAUUGAGGGUAACAACGGUCAAGACAUCAAAAUCCCGGACAUGCUUCGAUUGAUUGCAAGUAAAGCCCCUAGGAUCGAGAGAUCGGCAGAAGUAUGUUCGUCAUCGGCGAGGAGUACUGGUGAGUCAACGACUUGAUUUGGAGCAAAAUCAGAUGCUGUCAAGACUCAAGAGUGCGCAAGAAUUAACCGGAGAGCGAGAGUCCUCGUUCUUUCUAGCUAGUUUAAUUUUAGUGGCAUUUCGCAGGGUCCACUAGUUUAAUUGUUCAGAGUCCUAGCUAGUGCUUUCUUCUCUUGUUUAAUUUUAGUGUCAUUUCGCAGAGUCUACUUAUUUUUCUGAAUUAUCAAAUGCUUGCAGUUAUUUUAUAGCAUAGACUGUGCGAGGGACUUCUGUUAUAUGUAUGCUGCACCGUUAAGUUUGUUGGACUCGGAUUUUAUCACUAAUUCACUAUUUAGUUUGUUA